GCCUGUCCGGCAUCGCGGGUCGGUCAUGAAGAAAGCGGUGGCGCUGGUGGGCGCGGGGCCGGCUUUGCCCGGCGCCUCCUCCGUCCCCGGCUUCCUGGCCAAACUUUGGGCCCUGGUCGAAGACCCCGGGAGCGACGACGUAAUCUCGUGGAGCCGGAAUGGACAGAAUUUUUGCAUUCUGGAUGAACAGAGGUUUGCUAAAGAAUUGCUUCCUAAGUACUUCAAACACAACAAUUUGUCUAGCUUCAUACGACAGCUCAACAUCUAUGGCUUCAGAAAAGUGAUUGCACUUGAAAAUGGCAUGAUAACCUGUGACAAGAAUCCUGCCACUGAAUUUCAGCAUCCGUUUUUCAAGAGAGGGAAGGUCAAUUUACUGGCAAACAUCAAAAGGAAGGUGGCCACAGUAAGGCCGGAAGAUCUCAAAAUCUGUCCAGACGACUUGCACAAAGUGUUGUUGGAGGUCCAGGAGAUGAGAGAGCAGCAGAACAACAUGGACAUCAAGCUGGAAAGUAUGAAAAGGGAAAACAAAGCCCUCUGGAAAGAGGUUGCCUGUCUGCGCCAGAAGCACAACCACCAGCAGCAGCUCUUGUCGAAGAUCCUUGAAUUUAUACUGGGUUUAAUGAGUGGAAACUGCAUUUUGGGGCUCAAAAGAAAAAGGCCUUUGGCUGAUGCUUCAGACUCUUCGCCUGCAAAAUACACCCACCAGUACAUGCACAUUCCCGUGGAAGACUGUGAAACUACAGCCCUUUCAGAGCAUGGCCCAGGCUGCCAAGACUCCAUUAUCAUUCGUGACAUCACAGAUGCUCAAGAGGAAGCAGAGGACGCAGAAGAUGCUGCCCCAGAGAAGCUGUUGGCACUGGUGCACUCCAGUCAUGGAAGUUGGAAGGCUCCUGUGCCCACCAGAGAAAGAAUUCCCACUUGUGGAGUAUUAGAGACCUCAAAGCCAGAACUGUCCCAAGGCGACCAUUCGGUUCAGCUCACGGAUGGCUCCCUCCAGUCUUGUGCUGUGAAGUUGCAGACUCCACGGGUCACUGCUAAUGAAGAAGCUGCAGCAGUGAUCGAUUCCAUCAUGAAUGAAAACCAAACAACGGCAUCGAGUGACUCUUUCCUUCACAGAGAAGAGAUCCAAGACUUCUUGAAUUGUAUCGAUGUGAGUCUUGAGGAGCUUCAGGCAAUGCUCUCUGGGAAAAAAAUCAACUAUGCUUCAGAAACACUUACUGAUGCCUUCAGUCCUGAGCUUCCUGUGUUGGAUUCAAGCAUACCAGAAGCUCCUCUCAGAUUGGAAAAGACCGAAGACUUACCUGCAAUUUUAGACACAGAUGGAAUAAAUGAUGAGGAAACCUCAGGGAAGAAUGACAUGCAGCUGAUUCAGUAUCGGGGGAACCCUUUGCUUUCACUGUUCGAAGAACUGCCUUCCAGUGAUGAAGUUGGCAGCCUGGGGAACACCAGAGGGGAUCUGCUGGAUUCAAUGGAGAGCAACGAAGCAGCGGAACACGUCACCGGCCCAGAAAGCCAAACAGACGGAGCCGUUCUGCUGGAGCCCCUGGAUCAGCCCCUUCUCUCAGAAGACAUGAAUGGCGAAUAUAAACUCUUUCCUCUUCUGCUUCUCAGCCCAGUUGCAAAUUUCAUAGAGGAGGCCUCGGAAAUAGAAACAACUUGAAUUGCUGACCAGGACUUUCACAAAACAGUAUCUUUUCUGUGGAAGAAGAUUCAAGAACCACUGCAGAUUGCAGUUCUGCUUCUCUUACUUUCUGUGGCUGAAUUUCCUCCACAAACAAGGGAAAGCUAUUUUUACCCAAAGAAUGUAGUUUUAGGAAGGCAGUUGCAAAUUGUACUGAUUUAAAAAAAAAAAAAAAAAAAAAAAGCAAACAGCAAAUUUCAAAUCUGCUUUUUAACUAUUUUAUACACAAAUAUGCUAUAAAUAAGGUUAUAUAUCUUAUGUACGAUUUGCAUAUUCAUAUGAGGGGUUUUAGGUUGUUUGAUCCCAUGAUAGCAAAUACAUUUAUUUUUCUUCCUGAAAUGUGGUGUUGGAGAUAGCAAGUAUGUUAGAAUUAUGUUGGGUUCUUUUAUAACUCUAACCUUUCUUUGCUCCAAAUGUUUGCCUCAAUCCUGACUACUCUGACUUUGUCUUCAGCUAUAUCACCUUUUAUGUGUUAUUUUAAGUUUUCCCUCUAACUAUUAAUGUAAGUAACUUCUGUUUCCUAUGGAAAACAAUAUAUUUUAACAUUUAUUUUAAAAUAAUGGUAUGUGGACCCUGCUGCAUAUUUAGAUACGUUGCAAAAGCUCAUUUCUGAUGCACAUUGCAUGUCAAACCUUUUGUUCCUGAUAUGGGUUUCCCACUAGUAAAUAAUGGAAUUAUCCAAGAAGUAUCAUCAAA